AUGACUUACAAAAGACCAGCUCUCUCUCUCUCUCUCUCUCUCUCUCCAUCUGCCCCUGUCCCUUGCAGCACUCUGAGAUUAAAACUGCUUCACCUAUUUUCAACUUCUUUUUAUUUCUUAUUAGUUUUAUCCUUCUUUUUCUCUUUUUUCUUUGUAUUUCUCAUCUUUGUAUUCUUCUUUCUUUUUUUCUUUUUCUCUGUUUUCUUAUUUCUUUUCUCUGUAUUCAUCUUUCUCUUUUUUUGUUUUCUUUGUAUUCUUCUACUUUGUAUUCUUGUUAGUUUUCUCUUUCUUCUCCUUCAUUGCACCAUUCUUUCUUUUCUUCAUAUUCUUCUUAGAUUUCUUUUUCUUCUUUUCUUCAUAGAUUUCUUUUUCUUCUUUUCUUUGUAUUCUUCUUCUCUCUUUUCUUUGUAUUUUUUAUAUUCUUUUGUUUUUAUUGUAUUCUUCUUCAUUACACUCUUAUUCCUUGCAUUCUUAUUUCUUUGUAUUCUGCUUGGUAUUCUUCUUUUUCUUUUUCUUCUUCAUUAUAUUCUUCUUAUUUGUCUUUCUUUUACUUUGAAUUCUUGUAUUCUUCUUUUGCUUGGUAUUCUUCUUCCUCUGUUUUUUCUUCUUUGUAUUCUUGUUAGUUUUCUUCUUUGUUUACUUUGUAUUCUUCUUUCUUUUCUUCUUUUUCAUAUUUCUAUUCUUUGUAUUCUUCUUUCUUUUCUUCUUUUUCAUAUUUCUAUUCUUUGUAUUCUUCUUUCUUUUCUUCUUUUUCUUCUUUCUUGCCUUUGUAUUUCUAUUCUUUGUAUUCUUCUUUUUUUUCUCCUUAUCUCACUUUGUAUUCUUCUUAGUUUUCUCUUUCUUUAUUUUAUUUGUAUUUCUUGUCUUCAUAUGAUUCUUCAUUACACUCUUUCUCCUUGCAUUCUUCUUUCGCUUUUUCAUUAA